AUGGCCUCCGAGGACCUGCUGCAGCCGGGACACGUCGUCAAGGAGCGAUGGAAGGUGGUGAAGAAAAUCGGAGGAGGGGGUUUCGGCGAGAUAUACGAAGGUCUGGACUUGGUCACCCAGGAACAGGUGGCUCUGAAGGUUGAAUCGGCCCGACAACCUAAACAGGUGCUAAAGAUGGAGGUGGCCGUGCUGAAGAAACUUCAAGGCAAGGAGCACGUGUGUCGAUUCAUAGGCUGCGGCAGAAACGCGAGGUUCAACUACGUCGUGAUGCAGCUUCAGGGCAGGAACCUGGCCGAACUGAGGAGAGCUCAGCCGAGGGGGGCGUUCUCCCUCUCCACUACUUUAAGAUUAGGACUGCAAAUACUCAAAGCCAUAGACUCAAUACAUUCGGUCGGAUUUUUACAUAGAGAUAUUAAGCCGAGUAACUUCAGCAUAGGUCGUCACCCGUCGAACUGCCGCAAGGUCUACAUGCUGGACUUCGGACUGGCGCGGCAGUACACCACCAGCAACGGGCAGGUGCGACCCCCCAGGGCGGCGGCCGGCUUCAGAGGCACAGUGAGAUACGCAUCGAUCAACGCGCACAAGAAUAAGGAGAUGGGACGUCACGACGAUCUGUGGUCUCUCUUCUACAUGCUGGUGGAAUUUGUCAACGGGCAGCUGCCCUGGAGGAAGAUCAAGGACAAGGAGCAGGUCGGUCUGAUGAAAGAGAAGUACGACCACCGCCUCCUCCUGAAGCAUCUCCCGUCGGAGCUGCGCCAAUUCCUGGAGCACGUACAGCAGCUGGAGUACGCCGACACGCCGGACUAUGCCAUGCUGACCUCUUUGCUGGAGAGGUGCUGCAAGAGGAGGGGCAUACGGGAUUCCGACCCCUACGACUGGGAGAAAGAGGCCGUCUGCGUGUCCCGGACGCGAGCCUCCGUCCAUCCGGCGCCGGAGCACGCGCUGCCGACCGAAACGCAACCGGACAUUGUUAUCCGUGCGUUAGUGAAUCGCAACAGGAACGUGCCCAAAUAUUCUCCGGGGGUCAUAAGAACCAGACUCGAUUAG